AUGGCGGCUGCCUGUUGGUGGAGCCUGAAGGGGAUGCGGCGGUAGCCUGCGAGGCGCUCCGCCUGCUGCGGAUAGAGCCCUCGGCCGUCGGCCCCGGCGCGGGGCGGGCAGGCGGCGCGGCGCGGCGCUCGAGAAAUGUGCUGCGGAAGUGGAGGCGCUGGGAGCGCGUGCUGGCUGCCAAGAAGAGGAAGAGGCAGCAGGAACGGGAGAGGAGCAGAGCCCGGCGGGCUGCGGGCGCAGGUGAGGGGCGGCACGGCGCGGUACGGUACGUUUACUGUAAGGAGCGGCCCCGUCGAGGGGCUGCUGGCCGAGAGAACGGGGUCUGGGCCGUGGCUCUGCGGCCCUGCCGGGACUCGGGCUGCCCUCUCGCUGUUCUGCCUCCCAGGAGCUGCUAGCCGGGGCGACGGGAGGGCCCCGGCCGCCCUCGCGAAGGAGCGCCUUUUGCAGGCCAGGACGUCGGGGCCCCGGCUCUGCGUGGACCUCGGGGUGGCCGACCGCAUGACUGAGAAGCCUGCACGUGGCUUCCUGACUGGCUGCACACCCAACUCUCCGGGUUUCCUUGAGGCAGUUGAACUGUGCUCCACGGGAACAGCCUUUCCAGAGCCUCAGCGAGCAGCCGGUGACUCGGGCAUCAUGGAUGUCUGCAGUCCCCGAGUGGAGCCAUGUUACCCCCUGACCCUUGACUUGUGGGUCACUGUGCUUGUUAUUUAUUGGAAGGAAACAAGCCGCCUCGCCUCCCAGAUCAGGAGACUCUAUGGGGCCAACAGGCGGGCUGAGAAGCCAUUUUGGCUCUGUCUGACGGAGUUUGUUGUGGGCUCGUUGAUCUAUGAGGAGUGUUUUCGCAUGAACGACGGCUUCUCCAAUUAUUUGAUAGAUACAACUCAAGAAAGUUACCUGGACCUGUUUCCUUUAGAUGCAAUUGUUUAUCUUACUCCUGACUCUGAGAAUGUCCUUGAAGAUAUUGAUCCAAAUAAAGUAUACAUCCUCGGAGGCCUGGUGGAUGAAAGUAUUCACAAGAAGCUGACUCUGCAAAGGGCACAAGAGCAAUCCUUGCAAACAGCCCGUCUCCCCAUUCGUGAGUACAUGGUGAAAGCUGUUAACACCAAGAACUACCAUUCAGAGACACUGGCAAUUAAUCAAGUCUUUGAUAUCUUAUCAACUUACUAUGAGACUCGAAGCUGGCCAGCAGCCUUGAAAGCUGGAGUUUCUUCUGGAAAAGGCUAUGUGCUGCCAGAGGCAGUGAAAUAAAUGGAAAUGAUAAUCAGCAUGAUAAUGCACAAGAAAAUUCUUUAUUUUGUGAUGUUAAAGAGCUCUGCAGACAAGAGAGACAAACUCCAAAUUUUGAGCAGAGGCACCAGCAUGAAUGUGCAUAGAGAGGAUAGCUCUGCUUAAAUGUUGUUCAAGGACCCUAUCAAGAGUGACACAUUCUGCCUCAGCAGUACAAUGCUGGAAAUUACUUUUUCCCCUUGAACAUAAAACACAAGCUAAUGCAGCCCUGGGAUCAAGUGAAAACUGACAGGAAUUCAGUUCUACUUCUUUACAGAUGCUUGUUAGAGUGUUUCUGACUCUUGCAUCUGCACUUGUUCUGGGGCAGGAAGGAGUGCUUUAAGAUACUUAUUUCAUCUUGCUAAAACAGUAAGUACGGUGAAGUUAGAAUUGCAAAGCUCCCUGGUGAGGAAAAUUUCUUCCCAUGGAAAAGGACAAUGCUGUUCCAAUUGGGGAACACAAGAUGGGAUUCCCAGAUGGAGAAACAAUUUCCAGGUACACCAUGUCCUAACAACUUUAAACCAGUUGAAGACUCGGGGAGUUGUUGAAGCCUAUACCUAAUCUUGUGCAUCUACUUUAAAAACCUAAAAUAAAAUGUUUACUCUUAAACUCC